CUAAAGUAAGCUUAGAGAAGUGAAAUUAAGUGAUUGCUUCCUCUAUACCAAAAACUUGGUAAUAGAUGUGGGAUAUCUUUGUCGUUUUCAGUUUAGUGAAGUAAGCGGAGAAGACGUGUCACCAUUGGACAAUCUUUAUACGUUAAAAUAGAAUAUGGGCAAACAAACAAGGAUGAAGGGAGUUUGAAAUUAAAUUUCAAGUUUGAAAGGCAUCCUAAUUCAUUCAGCAAACUGAUAAUGGAGGUCGAAACUAUUCGCAGUCGGAUUGAUGAAUUAUCCAAUUUCCUCGCAAAUUCCGCUACCAAUUCCGUAGUUUCCUCUUCAGAUUCCGACUCUGUUCUUCAAGACUGCGUUCAAGCUCUUGAGACCAAUGUGAAAGAAAUUGUCUCCGAGCAUUCGGAUGUUGGGUUUUUCAAAGAUGAAGAUUUGGAUGCUUACAUGGAUUCUUUGAGAGAUGAGCUUAGGACGACAGAGGCUGAAAGUGCGUCCCUAUCCAAUGAAAUCGAGAGUCUUAAAAAAUUGUACAUGGAAGGUACUUGUCAAUUGGAAAGUAAUCUUGAGUCAUUGCGCCAUCUCUUGGAGCAUACUGGUUUGGAGGGACUGGGGCUAGCAAAAACAGUAGAACAUGUUGAUAGAAUCAAAUCUGGAGAGGGUCAACCUGAAGCAAAGGCACUUCAUGAAGACUACUUCGAGGUUUUAAACUUGAAACAUCAAAUUGAGAUGAACAAUGCGACAUUGAAGUCCAUGGAGGAUCUUGACCUCAACUUGAAAAGGAUUGAGGUCAUUGAAAACAUCGAGGAGGCAUUAACUGGUUUGAAGGUGAUAGACCUUGAAGGAAAUAUAAUAAGGGUGUCAUUGAAGACAUACAUUCCAGAUGUUGAAGGUGAGAUGUGUCGGCUGAAUGCUGAAGAUAAUUCCAAGCAGUGUGAAGUGAACCAUGAGUUACUAAUAGAGGUCAUUGACGGGACUAUGGAUCUUAAAAAUGUAGAGAUUUUUCCAAAUGAUGUUUACAUAGGGGAGAUUGCUGAAGCUGCAAACACCUUCAGCAAAUUAUUUACUGUGCUAUCAGUACCCCAGACAAGGUCUUCCUUGGGAUGGUUUUUGCAGAAAGUCCAAGACAGAAUCGUCAUUUGCACUUUAAGACGAUUUAUGGUGAAGAUUGCUAAUAAGUCCAGGCAUUCAUUUGAGUAUUUGGACAAGGACGAGUUAAUUGUUGCUCACAUGAAUGGUGGGAUAGACGCCUUUAUAAAGCCUUCUCAGGGUUGGCCGCUAUCAAUAUCCCCACUUAAGCUAUUCUCUUUCUUGAGUUCUAAUCAGAAUGCAAAAGAAAUUUCUUUGAGUUUGCUUUCCAAAGUUGAGGAGGUGGCAAAUUCUUUUGAUUUAAAUGUACGAAAAAGCAUAACAAGUUUUGUGGAUGGCAUUGAAGAGAUACUUAUGGAGAAAAUACGCCCAGAACCUCAUCUUUAAUAUACUACAUGAAUACCAUGGCCCUUGGAAUCCAGUCGUCCACCACUACGUUAUGGUAAGACUGACCUUUUCCAAGUUUCAGCCUUGCAAUAUUCUUAUUUAAAAUCAUCCAUGAAGCCCUGAAGCUUCUUUCAGACGGCGCUUUUAGCUCUUCUGCUCUUAGACCAGCACCGUGUUCUGACUGGUUUCCAGCACUGUUUGAGUACAAGUAUCAGCAGGGUAUGUUUAAGCGUGUAAUUGUAUGACUUGUAUCAAUUUGUUUAUGAAUAAAUUUUUUAUUUGUAGAAGCAAGAUGGGGAUUUGAGGUGAUUCCUUCUAAAUGCAGACAGGAUCGUUCACAGGCACAGCAUUAAUGCACAUAUUGUGGCUCAGGAGCUGGGAUUGUUUGAUUAUCUCAAUCUCAGCUGAUUGAAUAUGGUUUAGUAUGUAGAAGAAUGUAUAUUCUGUAACAUGCUCUAAUUUGUAGGUCAGUUGACACAUGCAUGAUAGUUUACCUAUGCUUGCACGAUGUGGCCAUACUUGAAAAAUGGCAAAUUGUAAAACAAUUUAUGAAGUUGAAGCAAGCACUUUGAAGCCUUGUUCUAUGUUUUCAUGGAA